AUGAUGGCUGCAGAGUUUCACAACACCGAGUUCAGCUGUGCGCCAGGAUCAGUUGUGCCUUCUGGCCCGAACUAUACGGAUAUCGCCUACCAAACCUGCGGCUAUGCAGGAAGUCAAGUGGGCACUACCGUGGUGAAUGGCGAUGAUUAUUUAGCUGCCAAGUAUGGGUUUUCCUUCAGCCACGUUUGGCGCAACUUUGGGAUCCUAUGCCUCUUCACCGUGGUCUACAUUGCCGGUACUUGCUGGCUGAGCGAGGUCAUGGAGUGGGAGCCAGAUAGCGCUGGGCCGAUUCAGCACAAAAAGUCUUGGGGACAGUCCAAGUCGAACAGGAAGCGCGCCGCAGACGAGGAAAGCAAUGGCCUCCCGACAGGUCCGCAGGCCGCUGCGCCUCGUACCAUGAUGGAGAAAUCGGGCCAAACCCUCGCAGGAACCCAAUCAACUUUCACUUGGGAUAACCUGGAGUUGCAUGUCAAGAUCGGAAAGGAGACCAGGAAGCUGCUGAAUGGUGUUCGUGGCUACUGCAAACCAGGGACACUGACCGCUCUCGUAGGAGCUUCCGGGGCGGGAAAGUCCACAUUGUUGACGGCUCUCACCCAGAGACCAAGCUCCGGCGAAUUGACUGGCACAUUGUAUGUCGACGGACAGCCCAUCGAUCAAACAUUCAAUCGUCGCAUUGGAUAUUGUCAACAGAUGGAUAUCCAUGACGAAACGAGCACUAUCCGGGAGGCGUUCGAGUUCUCUGCUCUUCUCCGCCAGAGCACUGCUGUGCCCGAGCAAGAAAAGCUGUCAUAUGUGAACACGGUCAUCGAAACGCUUGACCUUGUGGACCUGCAAGAUGCUAUUAUAGGCUCCUUGGACAUUGAGAAGAAAAAGCGCGUCACUAUUGGCGUGGAGCUAUGCGCGAAACCCGAGCUUCUGCUCUUCUUGGAUGAGCCGACCAGCGGUCUUGACAGCCAGGGUGCUUCGAGUAUCGUGGCCUUGUUGCGGCGGUUAGCCGAUCAGGGUCUGGCUAUUCUUUGCACUAUCCAUCAGGCAAACCAGGAGCAAUUUGAGCAAUUUGAUCGAGUUUUGGCACUCAGUCCUGGUGGAAGCACUUACUAUUUUGGAGAAGUCGGGGAAUCCGGACGUUCCAUCUUCAAAUAUUUCGCCGAGCAUGGCCACCGACCAGAGAAUGUCACUAACGCGGCGGAUUUUCUCAUUGAAGUUGUCGUUGGCGGCAUGAAAGACGCUGCACACAGCGUCAAUUGGCCUGACGUGUGGAAUAGGUCUGCUGAAGCAGAGAAUGUCCAGAACGAGAUACAUGCAAUCCGUCACAAAUGCGGCAACGCGUCGCAGGCCACGCAGAGCAAGCUGUCUAGUCCGUCGGUGUUCCAGCAGACGUCCCUCUUGACGCAACGGACACUGCGACAAUAUUGGCGAAGCCCAGAAUAUCCCUACUCUCGCUUAUACGCCUCAUUCCUCCAUGCUCUUAUCAACGGCCUCACGUAUCUGCAGAUUGGCAACAGCUCCACCGAUCUGCAGUCCAAGGCUUUCUCGUGCUUUCUCGUGCUGAUGCUUGUACCCGAAUUCAUCAACGCCAUCUCGAUGCGGUUCAUCAUGAACCGUGACAUCUGGAUAGCGCGUGAGGGCCCCAGCGGCAUCUAUGGAUGGGUUGCAUUUUGCACCUCCCAAAUUAUCUGCGAAAUCCCUUACGCCGUCCUUAGUGCCGUGAUCUUCUAUGUUCUGUAUUACUUUAUUGUCGGGCUUCCCCUUGGAUUUGCGGCAGGCUAUAGUUUCUUGAUGUUCUUUCUGUUCUUCCUAUUCGCCACGUCUUGGGGCCAGUGGAUUGCAGCAAUGAGGUGA